AAAUUUUGACAGGACAGCCCAUGCUGACGAUUUCUGCUUGUCAAGUCCGUGAUAAAGUGUAACCAUUAACGACGAAAAAACUGGAUUUUGAUCAGUUUGUGGGUAAAAGGUCAGCAGUGGAAUAUGCCUAAUUUUAGAUAUUCCAACAAUAUGGCCCGCAAUCGUGGAGGGCCAUAUAAGACUGAGCCCGUGACAGAUCUAACCAGAUGGCGUUUAACGUGUGAAGGGGGUCGACAGACAUGGCGCUACGUACCUGACGGGGAAACACCAGAGAGAGAGCAGACUCUGCUGGAACGUCACUCCCUGGGGCUGGAGACGACACAGCUUGCCCCUCGCCUGCCCAAAGCCACAACAGCCCAAGAAUCUGCUCACAAUGGCAUGAAGUUUUACAGUCAGCUCCUGGCAGAAGAUGGUCACUGGGCAGGGGAUUAUGGGGGACCUCUCUUCCUGAUGCCAGGCCUGGUUAUUGUUUGCUACAUCACAAAGACAGAGUUCACCAGAGAACAGAGACUGGAGAUGAUCAGAUACCUGCGCUCUGUGCAGUGCCCUAGUGGAGGAUGGGGACUACACAUUGAGGGCCCUCCGACGGUGUUCGGGUGUGCGUUGAACUACGUGACGAUGCGGUUACUAGGGGUGGGAUCAGAUGAUAAAGACCUUGUCAAGGCCAGACAAAUUCUACAUAAAUUAGGUGGCGCCUGUGCCAUACCAUCGUGGGGGAAAUUCUGGUUAGCGGUGCUCAAUGUGUACAGCUGGGAUGGCAUGCACUCUCUGCUCCCAGAAAUGUGGUCUCUACCAGAUUGGGUACCCAUCCAUCCCUCCAAGCUGUGGUGUCACUGCAGACAGGUGUAUCUGCCCAUGGGCUACUGCUACGGAAAGCGCUUCAGUGCCCAGCUAGACUCGCUUAUCCAGGAGCUCAGGAAGGAACUAUAUACAGUGGAGUAUGAGAAAAUUGAUUGGCCAUCACAGCGGAAUAAUGUCUCAUCCGCAGACCUAUACACACCACACAGCUGGCUGCUUGACACUGCUUACUAUCUGCUGGAUUGGUACGAGUAUUACCACAGCCAAAACUGGCGUCAGAAGUCCCUGGCUCUGUUGUAUGAUCAUAUUUGUGCUGAUGACAAAUUUACAAAGACUAUCAGCAUUGGCCCGAUUUCCAAGGUGAUUAACAUGCUGGUGCGAUGGUUUGAAGAAGGUUCACAGUCUAAAGCCUUCAGACAGCAUCAGUUUCGUGUAGCUGAUUACCUGUGGAUGGGUCUGGACGGCAUGAAGAUGUGUGGUACCAAUGGCUCACAGCUAUGGGACACUGCACUGGGAAUACAGGCAUUUAUUGAGAGCGAGGCGUACACAAAAUCUGAGUUUGACGACUGUUUGACUAAAGUGCACGGAUUCUUGAAAUAUACGCAAAUACCAGAGAAUCCCCCAGGGUAUAAGAAGUACUACAGACAGAUGAGCAAGGGUGGUUUCCCGUUCAGUACGCGGGACUGUGGCUGGAUCGUGUCUGACUGCACAGCAGAGGGUCUCAAGGCUUUACUGUACCUCCAGGAGAAGUGUGUGAACCUCAAGGACCAGGUCACGGAGGGUAGAUUGUGCCAGGCUGUGGAUGUGUUGUUGAGCAUGAGGUGUCGUGACGGGGGAUUUGCCACAUAUGAGGACAUGAGAGGAGGAGUCUUGUUAGAGAUGCUCAACCCUUCAGAAGUCUUCAGUGACAUAAUGAUUGACUACACAUAUGUGGAGUGUACCUCAGCUGUACUUCAGGCCCUGAAGAAGUUCACCUCAGUCUAUCCCGCCUACAGGGGACCAGAAAUCAGUGAGAUAUUAAAGGAAGGAUUGAAGUACAUAACGGGUAAACAACGAGAGGAUGGAUCUUGGGUAGGGAGCUGGGGUGUGUGUUUUACCUACGGAGCUUGGUUUGGGCUGGAAGCCUUUGCUUGUUUGAGUCACACAUACAAGGACAGCCCUGUGCCUGAUGCAGUGACAAAGGCCUGUGCAUUUCUGGUGGGUAAGCAGCGCGAAGACGGCGGCUGGGGCGAGGACUUUGAGUCGUGUGAGCAGAGACAGUACGUGGAGAGCAAGACGUCACAGAUUGUCAAUACCUGCUGGGCACUGCUAGCCCUUAUGGCUGUCAGGUAUCCCAAACUGGAUGUGAUAGAGAGAGGCAUAGAGCUGGUGAUGAGGAGACAACUGGAGAAUGGAGACUGGCCACAGGAGAACAUCAGUGGCGUGUUCAACAAAUCUUGCGCAAUCAGUUACACAGCCUACAGAAACAUCUUCCCCAUCUGGACACUUGGGCGCUUCCAACGUCUCUACCCUCACAGCUCAUUGGCCAAACACUGACCAGGCUAUCUACCCUCUAAACAUGCAAUAGACUCUUCUAUCUUACAUUAAAUAUGUAUACAUGUGUGUGUUAAACAUGCUUGUAUAUGGGUAUGACAGAUACAUUUAUCAUAGAAUGAUGUAUCUGUAAAUUUGUAAAAUUUAAUGUUGAAUGUUAAGUCAAGCAAGAUUUAUAUUUUGUACUAGAAAAGGUAGUAUGUGUAUGUAAAUGUAAUGGAAGUUUGUGAUUGGCCAAGGUGGUUAGCAUGCCAGUGCCAUGCAAUGACCCAGGUGUCUCACACCAAUGCAGUCGCUGUAAGUUCAAGCCCAGCUCAUGCUGGCUACCUCUCCGGCCAUACGUGGGACAGUCUGCCAACAACCUGCAGAUGGUUGUGGCUUUCCCAUUGGCUCCGCCAGGUUUCCUCCAACCAUGAUGCUGGUCGCCGUUGUAUAAGUGAAAUAUUCUUGAGUACAGCAUAAAACACUGAUCAAAUAAUUACAAAAGUAAGUAAAUAUUUGUUAGUGAACUUGUACAAGUACAAGCGUUUGUCUCCAGUUUUCUUGUUGUUAAGUUUUGAAACCAUUUUCUUAAUUAUUUAUUGAUUCAUGACUUAAUUGUUGUACUGCCUUGUACUGUAUUGUUUAUGUUUUGUUUGUUUUUUUUUUUAUAGUGUUGGGUAUGCAUAUUUGUGCUUUUUAACCCUGUAUUUGUAUGUGAAUGAAGUCUUCCAUAUAUGUUAGAUGACAGCUGCGUAUUUUACAAAAUUAGUGUUUACAAUUAUUUUUAAUAAUUGCAUGUGCUUAUU